CGGAGCUCUCGCGGCACGCAUGCGCCCUCUGUAACCAGGAAGUGAGCUGCAGAGCAACAAGAGUACAGCUCCUGGUCAGUUUUUCAGGGACGAAUCUGCCCAAAAAUAAUAAUAAAAUAAAAUAAAAAUGUUGGAGCUCCACUUCACUAAAGACGUUUUACCCGAUUCUGUCAGCAGCGACUUUCAGAACCUGAACAAAUUCAACGAGCAGCAAUUUGUGCGCCUGGUUGAAAUUCUCUUCCAGUUUUUGCUGGAACCUAAGGAGACGGAGAGGUUUAUGCAGCAGCUGAGUGAGUUUGCAGGGCAGCACGGGAUGAGUGCCGGUCCUCUGAGGAACCUUAUGAAGAGUGUCCUGCUGGUGCCACAAGGAGCCCUGAAGAAAAACCUGACAGCCGAGCAGAUCAAAGAAGAUCUCCUUUCUUUAGGACUCAACGAAGACAAGGCCGCUCACUUUUCCCAGCAGUGGGCUUUGCAUUAUGCUGUGCUCAGCAGACAAGCUGUCGGACAAACUCUGAUGGUCAACCAGCUGGUGGACAUGGAGUGGAAGUUUGGAGUGACGGUCGGCACCAGUGAGAUUCAGAAGGUUGGAAACAUCUUUCUGCAGCUGAAGCUGGUGGUCAGGAAGGGGAACUCCACCGAAAACGUCUACAUGGAGUUGACGCUCCCUCAGUUUUACAACUUCCUACAUGAGAUGGAAAGAGCCAAGGCCAGCAUGGAGUGUUUCAGCUGAGAGAGAGAGAGUGUGUGUGUGUGUGUGUGUGUGUGUGUGUGUGUGUGUGUGUGUGUGUGUACAUAUGUAUAUGUGAGUGUCUGUGGCUGCAGAUGAGUGCUGUGUGUGUGUGUGUGUGUGUGCAUGAUGUUGUUUAUUGCCGUACGUUUGUACCUACUAAUAAACAUGAGAAAAGAAGACAUU